AUGCGAGCUGAGGGUCGUCGUCGCCGAAACGGCCGGGCGGCCCAGUGCCGCUUGCUUGGCCGGGGCGUGUUCCACCAGUCGGGGCAAAUGAGCCAUGAGGGCGUCCGUAUUCCAAAUAGCCGCGUUGAGACGAGCGCUGAAGAGGCCGCAGCCCGCCAUGCCGGCAUAUUGGAAGAGAUUCGGGCCGAUUUGGAGGCCAUCGCCAACUUGAAACGUCUGGUAGACGAGCACGCGCUUGGCGUCGCCUUGCACCGCGGGCUAGUCGCCGCCGAAACGGAAGAAAUGCAAAAGAUGGACGAGCGCAUCGCCGUCUUGGAGCAAAUGGAGUUUACCGAACGGCAAGCUGGCGGCUCGGAUGUCGAAGAGGAUGCCCAGUCGGAUGAGCUGGACGACAAGUUUACGCCGAAGGAGCCCAAUGCGCAGCUCGUCCAGCAGCAGCUGGCCGUCGAGGUGAAGUCCUACCCAAUUGACGAGCUUGUCAACGAAGCAAACGAGAACCAAGUUUAUGGAAGCAUGAAGCGCGCCAUUGAUGGAGAGGGAGCCGAUGAGCUACUGGAGAAAGGAAAGAAGCGCGACGAGGCCGCCCGCAUGGCCGCUGGCGUCGAGCCCGGUUUCGACGAGCUGGCCAUCAUCGGUCUUAAUUUUGGAGAGGCCCUAAAGGCCGAGUCUCAGGUCCUCCAUUCGCCAGCCAUCGGUUUGAUCAACGAAGCGUUGCGCCGUCUCCAGCGCAAUCUCGAUCGUCUGACGGAGAAUUUGUCCGGCUUCAAAUCCAAAAAUGAUUUGAUGACCACCGCUUUCGACACGCGCAAGAAGCGACUCGACGAGCUCGAGCGUAAGCUCAAGCUGCGCCAUCCGAAUUUGGGCGUCCUCCCCACCAUCGACACUUCGCUCGCGAUCGACGAGGACGGCACCAUUAGCUUCAAGCCGGAA